GCACAUUAGAGGCAUUCUUAAUCUGCAUGCAGCCAGCUGCAGCACAACAUGAUUUGGUUUUAAGUGCUAUUUCCACAGAUGUUAACUUUAUCACUCCAUCUAAUUUGAAGAUUCACAGCAGCAGACCGUGGCUGAGGGAGAUUCCACACUCCCUGGGGGGGGCGAUCAAAUCGACUGCCUUACAGCGACUGCUUGAUCUGCAAACUGAUUUUUCACCACUCACUGGAAGAAACAAAUAGGUGGAAAAUGAGGAUCGCGCUGGUUCUUGGCACUGUGUCUUUGCUGCUCUGCGUUAUUCCCGCUGAAGCUCAGUUUCCUCGAGCUUGCUGCACAGUAGAGGGGAUCCGGUCCAAGCAGUGCUGCCCUGCUCUGGGCUCCGAUCCUGCCAACGUCUGCGGCUCUUUGUCGGGGAGAGGGAGCUGUAGGCCUGUGCUAGUGGAUUCCAAACCCUGGGGGGGACCGUACAGACUCAGAAACGUUGAUGACAGAGAGAGGUGGCCCAACAAGUUCUUCAAUCAGACUUGCAGGUGCAGUGGUAACUUUGCUGGCUAUAAUUGUGGUCAGUGUAAGUUCGGUUGGACUGGUCCAAACUGUGACCAGAGAAAAACUCCUGUGGUGAGAAAGAACAUUCACUCCCUUACCAGCGGGGAAAUUCAGGAGUUCCUGGAUGUUCUGGAUCUGGCUAAGAACACCAUCCAUCCAGACUACAUGAUUGCCACACAGCACUGGCUGGGUUUGCUGGGACCAAACGGGACUGAGCCACAGUUUGCCAACAUUUCCAUUUAUGACUUCUUUGUCUGGCAGCAUUACUACUCAGUCAGAGACACUCUCUUAGGUCCUGGUCGCCCCUUCAAAGCCAUAGAUUUCUCACACAAAGGUCCAGCAUUCAUUACCUGGCACAGGUACCACCUUCUGAGCUUGGAAAGAGAGCUUCAGAGACUGACAGGCAAUGAGAACUUUGCAAUUCCUUACUGGAACUUUGCCACAGGACAGAGUGAGUGUGACGUGUGUACAGACUCUCUGCUUGGAGGCAGGAACCCGGACAACCCUUUCCUCAUCAGCAACCAGUCAAGAUUCUCCAGAUGGGGAGUGGUGUGCAACAGCUUGGAUGAUUAUAACCGUCUGGUGACUCUUUGCAAUGGCACGAAUGAGGGCUUUAUUCAGAGAGGGAUGAUAAGGAGAGCCAACAUGUCUCUACCCACCAUGAGUGAUGUCAGAAGCUGUUUAGGAAUCAGAGAGUUUGACAGUCCUCCAUAUUUCACCAACUCUUCCUUCAGCUUCAGAAAUGCACUUGAAGGGUACGAAAAGCCAGACGGAGAACUGGAUGAUACGGUCGACAACCUUCACAACCUUGUUCACGCUAUGCUCAAUGGAACCAGCUCUUUGUCCCACUCUGCAGCCAAUGAUCCCAUCUUUCUGGUGCUCCAUUCUUUUACCGAUGCCAUUUUUGAUGAAUGGAUGCGCAGGUUUGUUCCAUCCAACGCCACCUACCCGGAUGAGAUGGCUCCUAUUGGUCACAACAGGGACUAUAAUAUGGUUCCUUUUUUCCCUCCGAUCACUAAUGAAGAGAUCUACGUCACAUCGGAUCAGCUGGGAUACUCUUAUGCCAUUUCCCUCGAUGAUGCAGAUGAGGGAGCUGUGUUUGUGCUGGGCUCCACGUUGGGAGGCGUCUUUGUCGGCCUACUGGUGCUUCUCCUUAUCUUUGUGCUCUACCUGCGUCAGCGGCGAAACAGAGGCUUUGAACCACUGAUAAGAGCCGAUUUCACAAACAGGAAGUACACAGAGGAAGCCUAGCUGUCACCUGUUGUUCCAACAUGCACCUCAGUGCUCAAACGUACCUCAGAGCAAUGGAGCUGUCAGUCUAUGAUGUUAGAAAAUUACUGCUCCUAUGACUAAAUAAAA